AUGGCACCUGCCCCACCCCCGUUGUCCGUGCGGGUCCUGGGCGGCUCCUCCCUGCAGCUGCUGUGGGAGCCCUGGCCCCGGCUGGCCCAGCAUGAGGGAGGCUUCAAGCUGUUUUACCGUCCGGCAAGCAGGGCCUCCUUCACCGGCCCCGUCCUGCUGCCUCCAACCGUCUCCUCCUACAACCUCAGCCAACUCGACCCCACCACGGUGUACGAGGUGAAGCUGCUGGCCUACAACCAGCAUGGGGAGGGCAAUGCCACAGUCCGCUUCGUAUCUUUGAGAGGAGCAUCUGAGAGGACAGCCCUGAGCCCACCAUGUGACUGCCGGAAGGAGGAACCCACCAACCAAACGUCCACUACAGGCAUCGUCAUUGGCAUCCACAUCGGGGUCACCUGCAUCAUCUUCUGUGUCCUCUUCCUCCUGUUCGGUCAAAGGGGCAGGGUCCUCUUGUGUAAGGAUGUAGAAAACCAGCUCUCCCCUCCUCAGGGCCCCCGGAGCCCAAGGGAUCCUAGCAUCCUGGCACUGAAUGGGGCAGGACGGGGAGAGCGGGGCCGAGACAAGAAGCGCGUGGACAUGAAAGAACUGGAACAGCUGUUCCCCCCAGCUGGGGCAGCGGGGCAGCCGGACCCCAGACCCGUGGUGAGUGCCUCCACCUCGAGCAAGCCUCUGCUUCAGGCUCUGACAGCUUCCCAAUCCUGCCCUCCCUUCACCUCGGUCAUCAGCCUUCACCAAGCUCCAGGCACAAAACCCAUGGAUCCUGGGGACCCUGCCCUGUGUGAGGAGACCCAGUUCUCCAUGCUGCCACUUGAGGGAUUCAGCCUUCUGGAGGAGAUGACAUCAGAAGCCAAGGCCCCCUUCGCAGGCCCCGCAGCUGCCCUGCCACCCCAGGACGGAGGCCCCGGGUUCCUCAGUGAAGGACAGGCUACUCGGGCCUCCACAGCACCAGCUGCCCAGCCAGCUCACUCAGGCCAGUAG